GUGUGCGAGCAAGCAGGGCAGGCAGGGAAGAGCAGUCGCGGGCGGCAGUCGAGCACGGUGGGUGCAACGAGCGAGUGCACUCUUCGCCACGAGUGAGAGCGCCAAGCGAGCAUGCCAUGGCCUCGGAGCUCUCUCAGGACAAUCGCCCUCGUCCUGAUCAUAGUAUUGCCGGUUAGUCUUUGUGUGAAGAUCACGCAGCUGAAGGUGCCGCGGAUUGUGCAGAACGGCACGGACGCGACCUUGGAUUGCGAGUUUCAGGUGGAACCGCACGAGUCACGCCACCUGGAGCUGGUGAUCAAGUGGUUCUUCGAGGGCCACCCGGAGCCCGUGUACCAGUGGAUCCCGGCGCACGGCCGCCCCCAGGACCUGGGGCCGCUCAAGGGGCGGCUCGACCUCGGCUAUGGCACUAAGAACGAGCGCAGCAGCGCUGGCAUGCGCAUCGUCGGCGCCACCACCGAGCUCACCGGCGACUACAAGUGCUCCAUUUCCACCUACGACGGCGAGGACUUCAUGGUGAAGAGGAUGAUUGUGUUUGCUCCAGAAAGCAGCAUGUACCUGCAGUACAGCCGUCCGUCAGAAGACACUUUCAACGUGAGCUGCGUGGCCGAGGGCGUAUUUCCCGAGCCGCGGAUGUCGCUUUUCUACGCCAGACCCAACGUGAAGGACAAGGUGGCCAUCAAGGAGGCGACGGCGUGUGAAUCUCAGCAGAGCAGGGAGUACCCCAUGGAAGGGGUGACCGUGGAGAUCGGCCGCCGCGGCGACUCGUUCACCGUCCGCUCGACGGCCGAAGUCGAAGACCCCGAGCACUUCCUCGGCGCUGUCCUCUUCAUCUGUGAACUGCGGGUACCCCAGACCGAGUACUGCCAGCGCAGGGCCAUCAUCUACCUGCCAGGAGACGACGACGACGAGAGCCACCAGAUUGACGCCAAGGGCGAAAACGCAGUCGCCCAGCUCAAAACCUCAACACUUUUGGUUGCUGUGAUACCCCUAGUAGCGAAUUUGUACGACAAUUUUUACUGAACGAUUUUACCUUGACCAAAGAUAGCGUGAUGUGCGGUGAACAAAUAAAAAGCAUCGGAUAUUUGUAUAGGAACUGACA